CAGUUCGAAUUGGGUAUAAUUCGCGUGAGGAUAAGUCUUCAUGGAACGCGGCGGUCACAUAACAAACUUUCGGAAAAACCACCCACAUGUGUGUACAUGAGUGUAUAACCGUGCAUGCGUAGAAAAUUUUCUAGCCGAAGGUUUCAGUUGUGAAAACAGACGAGGCACUGUGCCGGAGCGUCUAGGUUUUCAUCAGUUUGAUCCAGUUAAAAGGUACCUUUUUUUUAAAAAUCAAACCCUUCUUAGACGGAAUCCCAAAUACAUUAAUAGUCUUCGUCUGAUUCGAAUGAAAACUUGGCUAUUGGAACGUUCCAGUGAAGAAACCGUAUGAAAUUUUCUUCAAAUACCCUAAUUGUAAUUUGUGUAAUAACUUAUGCAUAAAUUUGGUUCAAAAUGUGCAAAGAAAGACUUAUCCACCGUUCUAAAGGUCUACCUUAAAAGUGGAUUAGAUAUUAGGUAAGGUAAACACUGUCAACAACCGGUUUUAGGAGCUUUAUUAUAGAAAUCAACAUUUAAUCCAAUUUGUCCCUACGUAAAAAUGGGAAAUAUAUUAGAAAGUGCAAGCCACCCCCUACACAUUGCCUUAUCCGUAUGUGUAAGUACGACCAAACACUUACGUGUACCUAUGUUUGUGUGUUUACAAAGCAACCCUUAAGGUCGUGCGACGAUGGCAACGACAAAAAAUAUUUUGUACAACUAAUAAAUAACAAAUAUAACGCGAAGUACCAGAUUUGUAAAGGCCAGAACUUUAUUGGAAAUGUUAAGAAACAUGUGUUUUUAUUGUUUGUCUAUGAUUUUAUAUUAACUAUAGGAUAUUAAAAACUAGUGAAAGUUAUAUAAAAAAGACUACUUUUCAAACGCCUAAAAUGAAUCUAUUGACUACCAUUCUUUUUCAAAUUUAAAAGCACUUGAGUUACGGUACCAACUCAAGCGUCAUAUUGUAAGGAAUGGAUUCCUUAAAUGAUAUAAUUGACCACCAAACAUUUAGCCAGGAGUUAGUUGAAGAUGCAUCGGAGUUCAUCACUGUGGGUCAUCAUUCGGAGCGCCCUUCGCAGUCCAGUCAGCAGCCUAAUUCUGGACAGGAUCUGACAAUGUCUAUGCAAGACAUAAUUUCCUGUCCGGUGAAACACCGGACCUGCUCUGCAUCUGGGUCGGGAUCGGCAUCGGGAUCCGAUUCCGUUGUCAUGGUUAUAGACGCACUGGGACAAGGUAACAGGCAGUCAGCAUAUCAAAUUGUGCCUCAGCAGUUGCAGCAAAGAAACAUGCCAUUGCCUUUCGGGCUACUUGAACGAGAUAGGCAGCAUAUGCAGCAUGGGCGUGAGGUCAAUACCAGUCCAGUGGACUUUGUAUCAUCAGAUAUAAAUUUGGAUGGUCUGACUGUAGACGCAGACGUCUCCCAGACGGAUCACUCUCAAGAAACGGCGGUAAAGCAGGAGCAAAAACUACUUAUUGUGCAAUCCAAGAGUCAGGAUCAAAGCCAUAGGCGCAUUCGAAUGCUUGUAGACGUUUCGAGCGUAAAUUCUGGCCUUGGCGUGCACGUGGAUGAUAUGGAUGAGAUUUCCUCUGAUGGCGUUGGCUGCGACGACGAAGGAGUUACGCUGAGCCACCAGCAUCUUUUGGAGCAAGAGGAACAAUUCGGCCUAACAAGCCACCAUCCGCAUCUCCAACCUCAUACACAGAUCAUCCAUGGCUUGCACCAGAGAUCAACACAUUCGGAAAUGGGACUGGACAAUGGGCAUGGGGAGGUUCUAUCGGUUAUCGUCCAUUCCCAGGACAGCGACAAGGAGGACUGUGAGGAAAAUGAUGAUGGGGAUGCAGAAGGAGAUUUAGAAAAUGAAGACGAUGAUGAACGCGACUCGCGGAGUCGUGAACAGCUGCUUAGUCACAGCUCGUAUCAGACGCUGACCUCGGUGAAUGAUCGCCUAUCUUCGCCUGGGUUUAGUCAAACAUCGUAUGCUACACUCACCCCUAUACAACCACUUCCGCCUAUAUCAACGAUGUCCGAGAAGUUCGCCUACUCUGGCCACAUCUCGGGAGGAGACAGUGGAGACACGGAUGUCAAUGGAGAUGGUGCAGGUGGAGGAGUCGUUGAGGUUGGUGAAGUCACCAACCAAUCCAGCGAGGCUACAGGGACUGUUUCAAUAUCUAGUGGCAAUGCUACAUCCUCUGUGUGCUCCAACAACGAUUGCAGUUCUUUUUCUGCCCUUUCCAUGCCCAUAGGAAGUGGCCAUUUGGGUCUAGGUGUUUUAAGCGGCGUCCAGUCACCAUUUUCUUCAUACGAAAAGCUAUCUUCGAUGAUUUCCCCUCCGCCUAAUAACUAUUUGGUCUCGUGCGAUCUACAUUCCUCCGUUUCGGGACGCGUUAUAAAUUCAUCGCACUUGCAGCUAAGUCACAACGGCAAUAAAAAGGAGUCUGGAACACACGAACACACACAUAGGCCUGCUGAUGUCAAUGGUGGGAAGUUUUCCUAUACUGGCCACAUCUCCCGAGGUGAUAGUGUAGAUAAUGACGUCAACGGUGAAAAGUUCUCUUUCUCUGACCAUAUCUCCGGUGGGGAUAGCGGAGAUGAAGAUGCCAACAGAGAAAAAUUCAUAUACUCAGAUCACAUCUCCGAAGGAGAAAACGGACCGGACGUCAAUAGCGGAACGAAUUGGCUCCAGAUGCACUCUGAGAGGGAAGUGCGGCUCCAUAUGCCCGUGCCGGCUGAGCUGGAAGCGAGGUUUCACAUUUCGUCAGAGCGAAGGACUCGACUCAAUGUGCCACCUGCUCGUGGUUCUCUAAGCCGACAUCUUGCUCCAAACGCUCCGAUCUGCCCCGCAGAUUGGAAAGCGGAUGAUUGGAAACACAGCAAUGCUGGCGUUGUUAGUUUGACCGCAGAUAUGCCCGUGGUUGUGUCUCUUACUCCUACACCGCCUCCGCUAAGAGACGACUCGGUGAGCGGCAUUAAACAAAACGAGCGAUCAUCACCAGGGCACAGAGAACAGUACUUCCUGGACAAAAGCCAAGAACCCAGUUCCGUUGUAGCAGAUCAGUGCAGUCCGGGCAUCAAUGGCACCCCGCAGUCGGUGUGUGUCAUUCACCAGCAGUCUCCAUCAGCUCUCGGAAACGGGUUUCAAUCAAGCAGCCAGCAGGCCAAGGUUUCCUCGUGCGCAUCACCAAAAGGGACAGUGUCCUCUGGAGGUGCAGUUUCCAACCGCAUUGCAAAUUCCAGUGACAUGGAGGAGAUCAAUACUAAGGAUCUGGCACAGCGCAUCUCAGCCGAACUCAAGCGAUACAGCAUUCCGCAGGCUAUAUUCGCACAACGGGUACUAUGCCGAUCGCAAGGCACCUUGUCCGAUCUGCUGCGAAACCCAAAGCCGUGGUCAAAGCUGAAAUCCGGCCGAGAGACGUUUCGCAGAAUGUAUAAAUGGCUCCAGGAGCCCGAGUUUCAGCGCAUGUCUGCUCUGCGAAUGGCCGCUGCCCAAAUUCCUCAGCGAGCUCCUUUGAGCUCUGGAAUGUCUCUUGGGUCAGCAACAGGUCCAAGUGGCUCCACCGGCACAAUACCGACGGACUUGGACCCACAUGGCGGCCCUACGAUGAUCCAAAAUCCUCUGACAAACGAAUCGGACUCUUCGCCUGCAUCAACACCUGUCACAAGCGUUUUGGUUGGGAGCGUCGUUAGCUGUCGUCGAAAGGAAGAGCCCCAGAUCGAACAAAUGCCCCAGCCUAAAAAGCCGCGAUUGGUCUUCACCGAUCUCCAGCGACGAACAUUACAAGCUAUUUUCAAAGAAACUAAAAGACCUUCGAAGGAGAUGCAAGUGACCAUCGCGAGACAGCUGGGACUGGAGCCUACUACAGUGGGAAAUUUUUUUAUGAACGCCAGAAGAAGGUCGAUGGAUAAGUGGCGAGAUGAUGACUCCAAAAGCACUAUGCAUGUGGCACAUAGCCGACAACAACAAGACGAACAGCAGAAAGAUAAUGCCCACACUCAUAGUCAAUCUCAAAUUCAAGAUCAAAAUCACUCUCAAAAUCAAGCUAUCCAUAAUAGCAUGUCGCAAGAUCCCUACUCAAAUCUUCACACAACAGCUAUGUCGCCUCUUGGAGCUUUUGAUGAAGACGCUGAUAUGGACUUGGAACUAGAAAGUCACGACUUUGAUUUAGUGGACCCCGAUGAACAUGGGGAUACCAAUGAUCCAAACGGCGACAUGUUGUGACAGCAUAGCCAAAGCAGACGUCGAACGAUCAACACGCCCAAAGUAAUGGCUCCGAAGACAUCGACUCUCUACUUAAACAGCACCCGCAUUCAGUCUCGUACGCACAUGGUUUCUCUAAGAAGAGAAAUGGAUGUCAAUAUAGAUUGCAUUGUCAGAAAGAAUAACGAAUGUAAUAGCAACGGGAGCCAUGACAAAAAGCGGGGUGAUAUCUCGUCGGCCCAUUUGCAUGAAGCCGAACGUCAUUCAGAUGAAAAGAUUAUACUAAAACAAAGCUUUUGCCAAGAAGCACUCGAUAAGGAGGCCCAUAUAUUCAUUGAUGAUAUACCUAUUCGAAAUGGCUUGGAUGACCUGAAGGUAAUGAUUGUCUGCAGACAUGAAAUCUAGCGAUCUCAUUACUUACUGACACUUUAAGUGUCCAAAGGUUUAGCAAGCUUAUCGUUUAUAGGCUUAAAGUUGAUUUGAACAAAUAUAUUUUCAAAGCAGCAAUAGUAAAUACAUAUAUCAAAUACUUUUAAACCAGUAUCAUUCCUCCCAAUUCCGAAUUAUGAACAGAGAUUUUAUUUCUAAAAUGUUUGACCCUGUUUUAAUGCUUAUCUGUUAAUGAAUUUAUUGAUUUUCAAGAUGUAAUCUUAACAAGGAAAGCUUAAAAACAUAAAAUUUGAUGAAAUGGUUUGGUCCAUAUAUUUUAAUGUUUGAAGAUUAUUUCAUGGAAAUGUGAAGGCGCUUGAAAUGGUCAAUUCGCUUAGUUCAAUUUUGGCAUGCUCUUUCCAGCAUUUCGUCCGGCAUCUCACAAAUAAAAAUAAAAUUCAAUGUUGUUUUCCAAUGUGUCAAUUCAAGCGGGCUUGUCUCGAUAGACAUUGUUUUUAUCACAUCCCCACAAACAAUAGUCUAAAGGCGUUAAAUCGCACCAUCUAGGAGGCAUAGCCGGUCCCAAACGUGAAAUAAUAUGGUCACCGAACUGGCCAACAGUUAUUGGUGCGAAAUUUAGUCACAAUAGGCCGAAUUGCCGCUUAAGUGAGAUCGGUUGAUUAUUGACGGUCAGUCAAUAAUUUCCAACCGCUCGUUUGUAAGACGAUUUAUUGUUAAAUUGUAGACCAAACUGAAGAUGUUUCACAGUGAAAACAAACAAGAAACAUGCAAGAGCUAUUUAAACCACCCAACAUGAUAAUUACCCUAUACUUUUCAUUUAAGGUAUGAGAAAUGAGAAGAAUAGAUUUUUUCGAUGUACGCAAUAUAGUAUAGCCCUAUAUUCUUAAUCAGGAGUCAUGCCGAACUAUUUAUAGUAGUCUAGUUAUUUCAUCUGCAUGUCUCCACCACCCCCGCAGGGAGUGUCAAUAUCCAUGAUCGAGAUAUUUGUCUAUAGCUAUUUGUAAUUUAUUUGUGAAACGAAACAAAAUUUGACAUGUUAAAGCUGCAAAAGUACAAAACUUAUAUUUGCUGAAUUAAGCUUCCUUGUUACUAUAGAAUUAUUUUUUUUAUUUAUUUUAAAAUUCGUUAUCCUACUUAAAACUUUUAUAUCCUUCUUAACGUUUGACUGAGUACGCGGAAUAUUUAUAAGUGAUUGUAGUUAAGCCGUUACGCACGCAUAUAUAUUUUCUCAUCAGCAAAAUUUUGAAGGUCCUUUAUACGACAUUAUUGACCACUAGCCUUGUGUAAUAUGAGAAAUGUCUCAAAUAUUUACAAUUCAAAGACAUAUUAUUCUCCACUUGCACUAUAGGUACACCUUGUAUAGGUACACCUUGUACAAUAUAUCGAGACAGUCAGUUAGACUUUGGGAAGUAACUAUGUCGUCUAUUUAUAUGUUAAAAAAUAAUAUCUUUAUUUUUACCUUAUUGGAACGGAAUGCAAUUGGCCUUAGGCAAAAAGAUAAGACGUCCUUGGUAAAGCGGACAGGUGUAUGUAUGUAGAUAUUAGUUUGAAUCAAAUUGAUGAUAUGUAAAUUGAAUAACAAAUAUGUAAAGAAAACUGUAUCUAGUCAAAUUCUUAAGAUAAAAAAAAAUCAUUUACUCAUUUCAUACAAAUAUGAUGUAUUGUAUUGUUUAUUCAAUUACAAUGUUAUAAUUAACUCAUCCGCAUUAAAAAGGCCUAUAUUGUACCUUAGUAUUUACCUUUUAUGAAGAAAUAUCGGGGUUAAAGAAAUUAACUUUAAAUGUGAAUACUUAAAAACAAUAUGGCUAUCAAAUAAUAACUAAUAAUUUUUAUUAUAAAUGUAAUAAAGUGUAUAUAAGAAAAAUUUUCGAAAAUCCUUCCAGUUAAGUUUGAAUGUAGAUUUUCCAUAAACAAUAAAAAACACAAUGAAUCACCGUUAAUUUUAGAAUGAUACCAAAUAUUUUAAAAAUACUCAAAUGUCAUUAAAGUCAUUAUGUUAAUAUCUCUAGGAAGUAUUAUGUAUAGGAAUAUGCAUAUUGGUGUAUGCUAGUCAAUUUAGUUUAAAAAAAAAUUUAGUAAACAGCGCAUUAGUGAGGUGCGUAUGUCUAGGCACAUUUUUAAUUUAAGUAUAUAUGUAAAAAUCAGGCAAUGCAAUAAUAAAUUAAAGGCAAACUUAUUUG